AUGCCCCCAGUAAACUCUAAGGCAAAGAAGAAUGGCGCUGAAUAUGAGAAUAUUCUCACUAACAAAUGCACAGUUUUAGAUUUUGAACAAUACAUCCAAGAGAACAAAACAUUACUGCUCAAUGAUCCACUCAGAGAUAUUCUUUUGUACCCAACUGAUGAUGUUUCCAGUGUAGUUCUACCAAGACGGUGGCGAACAGUUACAACAGCUGUUCCUGACGUGAGGACUGCAGCUGCAUGCCCUCUGCUGACACGUCAAGCAUUACUCAGUUAUGCUUCAAGUUGGAAUCUUAUACACUACAAAUACAACAGUUACUCAGGAACAUACCUCAAUUUGCCAAGACCAAUAGGUAAUAAAUUGACCGAAGAAGUAUAUGACAUUGAUGCGGAAAGUGAAAGCGAUCAUGAAGCUCAAGCAGCCAAAGUGGACGUCGGUACCAAAGAGGGGUACCUGCUCAAGGGACCCGAAAUCGGCUCAGAUAGGAUAUUUAGUAACCUCGCAUCCAAGUCGUUCAAGAAACGGUAUUGCUCAAUGGUCAGAGAAGCUGACGGCGCCUAUAUACUUGAAGUAUAUAAGGACGAAAAGAAAACCGAUACCAAACUCACAAUUGUUAUGGAUUUUUGCUCCGAUGUUGUUAAAAAUGCGAAACGUGGAAAAUUUUGUUUUGAGCUGCGAAUGGCUGGCAAUAAAGGAUAUACGUUUGCAACAGAAAAUGAGGAGGAAAUGAAUGAAUGGAUAAAUGCUUUUAAGGCCGCCUUGAAAAAGAAUAGUCAAGAAAAUCAUCAAGCAGAGGAAGUGUUAGACAAAGAUGCGGAUAUAUCGCUGACAGCGGAACCACCUCCUCCUACCUACGGGACUUUAAAGGGCCUAGAACACAGUAUGAAUCCAUUGCUCAUGCGCUAUUCGCGAGAAACUGAUAUGUCUAUAGCGGCGGCGAGGAAUGAAUGCCGUUCAAACAUAUUCUACUUGCCAUAUAAGCGGACACCUUCGCCUGAACCACAGUUAGAACCUUUCAAAGAACAUUUUGGCCAAAGAAUUUUGCUCAAAUGCGAAAGCUUAAAAUUUAGAUUACAAGCGCCGAUAGAUGGCGACAAAGAGUUCCUUUGCCAAGUUGAGCCAUACUUUACACACUUAGCAUUGUACGACGCACGCAGCGGCAAGAAGUUAACCGAAGACUUCCAUUUCGACCUCAACCACGCUGCCGUUAGGGAUCUAGUCAAAGACGCGGAAUGCACAAAAUCCUUAGUCGAGAAUUUUAGCUACGAUGUUAAAUUAGAUAUUAAACAAAUACCUGACGAAUGGUUCAGAUCGAAAAAGCAGGUGGUCUUAUCGGUGAAUAAUCCCCACCCAGAUUUGUUCGUGGUUGUGAAAAUCGAUAAAAUUCUUCAAGGCCACGUAAGUCAGGUACUCGAACCGUACCUUAAGGCAACCAAAGACCCACGAUUAGGACUCAAAGUUCACAAAACGGUGCAAGCGUAUGCGAACCGUGUGGGAAACUACAAGAUGCCAUUUGCGUGGGCCGCAAAACCUUUGUUUAGAUUAUAUAGCAAUGAUUUAGAUACGACGCCAGAUUUUCCGGCAAUAUACCGCCAAGAGCCAAAUAAAAUGUCCGAUGACGAUCUUAUAAAAAUUUUGUCGGACUACAGAAAACCAGACAAACUUGCGAAGUUAACCGUAGUGCCUGGAUGGCUCAGCAUUAACAUACAGCAUAGCAACGAACCUAUACCUAACUGCAUGACAAGCUCAUAUGCGGCAUUGAAGCCUUUUCCAUUGCCGCCAGCAGCGCCACUUACGUUAGAACUGGCUACACUAAACUUGGAACCCGAACAGCCUUACGCGGCGUUCAUCCACCAUUUGUAUGUCCGCCCGUUGUACUUGAUAUUUGAGUCCCAGAAGAUGUUUGCUCGAGCGAGAAACAUCGCUUGUUCCAUCGAAUUAAGGGACAACGAUACGGGAGACAAUAAGCCAUUACAGGUUAUAUAUGGUCGUACCGGCAUGGUAUCUCAGUAUCGAUGCUCUGUUUUACACCAUAAUGCAAACCCGAGUUGGUGCGAUGAAGCUAAAAUACGUUUACCGGCAACGAUUACAUCGAAACACCAUCUCUUAUUCACAUUCCAUCACAUCUCCUGCGAUCUUACUAAGAAAAACGACACCAAUGUUGAAACAUGUAUUGGUUAUGCUUGGGUGCCGUUGCUAAAGAACGAUAAGUUCGUUGAGGAGGUAGUGAACUUGCCUAUAGCAACUCAUCUACCUUCUGGAUACCUCGCUAUUCAGCCUCUCGGACUUGGGAAAGGGAACACAGGACCAGAAGUUGUGUGGGUAGAAGCAGAAAAACAGCUAUUUCGCUGCCAACUGGUGUUAGAUUCAACUGUCGUUACAAGAGACAUCCAUCUUCACAACCUGUUCAGCCAUGCCGAGAAACUCAUCAAGAGUAACUCUCCCCCAACGUCGCCAUCACCGCCGCCUUGGAACGAUGUUAUCAACGCAAUUAAAGCAGCACACGCUAUUAAGUUGAAUUCGCUCGUAGCGUUUUUGCCUACCAUUUUAAAUCAGCUGUUUGAACUAAUGACUGUUGAAAAGGGUUAUUCCCACGAUAUGGGCUAUCAGAUUGUUAAAUUGAUAGUGCACUUUGUCCACAUGAUACAUGAUUAUGGAAGGAAAGAUUUACUCGACAGUUAUGUUAAGUAUGUCUUCAGUUGUGUUGGAUUCAAACUGCACACUGUACUGACUGCGCCUCUCCACAUGUUCGUGGAUCCAAACCAACAAGAUUUUUUACUCGGACAUAAAUUUAUGCAAUACUCAAACUUUUUCUUUGACAUUAUUAUUAAGAGCAUGGCGCAAUAUCUUAUCAAUACAGGGCGAAUAAAGAUGUCGCGAAAUGAAAGGUUUCACGCUGAUCUAUUAGAAAAUAUAGAUAAAUUGGUCAAUCUUGUUGAACCAUCAUAUAUUUUACAACAACCAAUGCAGACUCAUAUAUUUAACAAAAACCUCGCCUUGUUUCUUAAGUCGUGUCUCUCCUUUAUGGACCGUGGCUUUGUUUUUCGUCAAAUUAAGAAAUACCUUGACAAAUUUAAAACUUGUGAUCCAAAGGCAUUGUUCGACUUCAAAUUCACAUUUUUACAAACCAUUUGCUCACAUGAACACUUUGUGCCUUUUAACUUGCCAUUACAGACAAAUAAAAUCUUUAAAGAAAGUAAUGAAGAUCCAGCAAAAAUGAAGCUCACAGAAGACUUCAUGAUGAGACAUUUUCUAGCUGGGAUUCUCCUGAAACAGAUCGAGCAGUCGCUGCGCGAGGCGCCGCAGAAGCGUCGCGCGGCGCUGUGCGUGCUGCGCGCGCUGCUCACCAAGCACGAGCACGACGACCGCUACCGCACCAGGCAGGCGCGCGCACGCCUCGCGCAGCUCUACGCGCCCUGGCUCACCAUCGUGCUAGACAAUGCACAUCGCUUAGUUACAAAAGCGCUUGCUAGUCCGGUCAUAGAGAACGGCGAAGACAAAGUAGAUGGGGACGCAACCACAACCUCUAUACUUAAUAGCACUCACAAAGACGUUACUUCAGCCAAUAGCACACCACGGCGGAAUAGGCUUACUUUGCAUUUCGAUCAUACACCAAUCAGAACCUCGGCGCAUUUCAAGGAACCACCAAAUAUUCAGUCUAGCAACCUGUAUGGAAAAGAUAACACAAAUAAUAUAUCUCAAAGUUCCCUUGAGUCUGUCUCAACAAUGUCUGGUGGAGACUCGCUUCCUAGAAAUACAAAGUUGGAUCUGAGCGAAAUUGGUGAUCAGGUUAAUCGAUUUGGUGUGAUGUCUCCUGAAGAGGUGCGAGAUGUGCUUUUGUGUUUCCUGUUUGUCUUAAAAUAUUUGGACGAAGAUAGACUUAUAGAAUGGUGGAAGACUUAUACCUCUGCACAACAGCAGUCUUUCUUUAAUGUGCUAGAAAUUUGUGCCGAACAAUUUCAAUACCUUGGCAAGAAGAAAAUCCUAUCAGAGUUGAGGGUAACCACGCCAGACUGCAAUGGUAAACCGAAACCCAUGAAAGCCAGAACUUUGCCCGCAAGAAUGAGCCCACCCGAUUUUUCUAAAGAGCCACCGAUAAUUGUUGAAAAAAAUAACACGGUUAAUAGAGAGAACCUUGUUACCACAACAGUGACUACAGAACUGGAAGCGAUAUCAGAACACGCGGUAGUAUCGGCCGGGUGCCUGUCCACGGAGGUGGGGCUGACCAUAAUAGACCGUGCGUGCCUGUACAUGAAGCAGGCGGGCGCGGGCGCGGCGGGCGGGCUGGCGGCGCGGCCCUACGUGCGCCUGCUGCAGCUGCCGCAGAGCGACACGCUCUACCGCCACCUGUUCGCCGCGCUCAGGGCCUACAUUAACCAGUUCUCCGAAACGCUAUUCGAAGGUGGUAGCACUUUAUGCGCUGGCGUAGUAAGCUCCGUUGUGAGGCUAUGCGCAGCUCGAGCCGCGUGGUUACGACGCGAGGCGGCCGCCACGCUCUACUUGUUGAUGCGCGCCAACUUCCAGCACGGCACCGGCGGGAACCUCACCAGAGUACAUCUUCAGGUUAUCAUAGCUGUUUCAAAGCUGCUUGACACAACAACUGCUCUCAACUGUAAACGUUUUCAAGAAUCUCUCUCGGUCAUCAACUGUUUCGCAACUGGCGAUAAAGCCAUGAAAGGGACUGGAUUGUCCAGUGAAGUAGCUGAACUAAUGAGACGGGUACGAACUGUUGUGGGUGCACGCGCCCGUUUGGCCGGAGUUGGUGGAACGGCUAGUUCAGGCGGCGACAUGCAGCUGGCGGAGCUGCAGCACGCGCUGGCAGCGUCGUGCCGCGCCACGCCGCGCCUGCGCCACGCCUGGCUGGCCACGCUCGCCGACCUGCACGCGCGCCACCGCCACCACGACGAGGCUAUGUGUUGCCACCUGCACAUUGCUGCGCUCGUAGCCGAAUAUUUGAAGCAACGUGGUACACAAACCUGGGGGGCUGAAGCAUUCGCCGAAAUAUCCAUGAAUAUUCCACGCGACGAAACUGGCCUCAAAAUCGACGAAGGUAAGUCAAACAAUGCAAUGCUUAAACAUUUUUUUAAUAAAUACCACAGUGUACAAAUCACUCGCUAA